AUGGGGGUUAAAACGGUGCUCCCCAGCUACGAACUGGGGUUUUACGCUCUCGUCGUGACGUGCGCUGUGGUGUACAGCGGCAGCGGGAUCUUCGAAGCAUCCAGAGACAGCAUGAACAGAAAGGCCUUUCGGGAUGGCAUAAAGCCGGGCUGGCAUUACUUCGGCAGGAAGAUGGACGUGGCCGAUUUCGAGUGGGUGAUGUGGUUCACCUCGUUCAGGAACGUCAUCAUCUUCGCCCUCUCGGGACAUGUCCUCUUCGGCAAGAUCUGCUCCAUGACGGUGCCACAGCACCGAGCCGUGGUGUACAUGCUGUAUGGGGUCCUGGCCGUGCUGGGCAGCAUGGGGCUUGUCUACCUGAUGGUCAUCCUCUCCCACUGCCUUGUCCUCUACUCCGUUGCACUGGCCAAGCAGAAGUGGCUCUGCUAUGUGGCCGGGCUUUGCUGUCUCGCCUCCUUCAAGGUGGAGCCAUUCAGCUCCUGGCAGGGAGGGGAGAGCGGGUUUGUAACGGGAGCUUUUGAUCUUCAAGAUGUCCUUUUCUAUGGAGGAAGCAGCUUCACCAUCAUGCGCUGCAUGAGCUUUGCACUCGAAAGCUCUGAGAGGAAAGAGGGCAUCUACUCCAUCUUCGACCUCCUCAAGUACAACUUCUACCUCCCCUUUUUCUUCUUUGGGCCUGUCAUGACGUUUGACCAGUUCCAUGCCCAGGUGAGCACUCGAGAGCUGAGACGCAAAGAUGACGAGAUGAGGAACAUCCGGGUCCAUGCCCUCCUCCAUGCGGGGGCCAUCAUCGCUGUGGAUAUCUUCUUCCACUUCUUCUACAUCCUCACCCUCCCUUCUGACCUGAAGUUCAUGAACCGCCUCUCGGACUGGUCCUUGGCUGGCUUGGCCUACUCUAAUUUGGUGUAUGACUGGGUGAAAGCUGCUGUCAUGUUUGGGGUCAUCAACACCAUCGCCAGACUGGACCACUUGGACCCACCCCAGCCCCCAAAAUGCAUCACCAUGCUCUACGUCUUUGCAGAAACGCAUUUUGACAGAGGGAUUAAUGACUGGCUAUGCAAGUACGUGUAUGACCACAUUGGAGAGAACCAUGACAACGUCAUGAAGGAGCUCAUGGCCACCAUCGCCACCUUUGCCGUCACCACCCUGUGGCUGGGGCCCUGUGAGAUCGUUUACAUUUGGUCUGUCUUUAACUGCUUUGGCCUCAACUUUGAGCUCUGGGUGCAGAAGUUCUUCCAGCUGGAGCCUUUUACCAAACUGGAGGCCAAAAUGUCAGCGGCCAUGUCUCGGCGAAUUAGGGCAGUUUUUGGGGCGGCAAAUUUCUGGGCCAUCGUCCUCUACAACAUCCUAGCCCUCAACAGCCUGGAGUUUGCACUGCUGGUCACCAAGAGACUCCUUCUGACGGGUUUCCCUGUCAGCACCUUAUCCAUCUGGUUCAUCACGUACUGCGGAGUGCAGCUGAUCAAAGAGCGUGAACGCGUCCUGGCCCUCGAGGAGGAGAAGUGUAACAAAGCAAAGGUGGAGUAGAGGGAGGCAUCAGCAGGCUUGUCCCAAAGCCUCGUCUCCCCUCCAGCCACCGCAGGGCUCUCCAAGCACUCCUGACAAUCGGACUGCAG